AUGGCCACCAGCACCAGCCGCGUUGCAGGCAGCAGUCUUGUGCCCUCUAGCUGGAGAGUCAGUUGCACGUUCGAUGCUGAAAACGCUCCUGACGCAUACAUGGUUGAACAGGUUUGCAGCAAUAUGGGGCUGAGGAUGCCUGGCACGAUUGCACAGAUUACUGAUAGCCUGGGAUACCAGGUCCAUGGGGCGUCAUUAUGCAACUUCCUCUUUGCAAGCGAAUAUGCGAUUGCUCCAGCAGUUGAAAGCGCCACCCCGACGGAGCCCAAAGUAGUCACAGGUUCGUGCAGAAGAACAGUCGCAGACAUGAUAACAACCACACGCUUCAUGGAGUUGAGGACACUGUGCGAAAUUGGUUGCAUCAGCGAUAAGACCCAAAACGAUGACACUUGA